AUGGACCCCAGCGCAGGCGGUUCGAGUGCCGCCGCCGAUGUCCCGGCCACCGUAACCGCCGCCGGAGAUUCUUCGUCGACCGCCGUAUCGCGCUGGACCUUCGCGAUCUCGCAACGUUACCAGCACCUCCUGGACAAAUCGACGCCGCACGUUUCCCACCGUUGGAUCGCGUUCGCCUGCGUGGCGUUGGUGUACGCGGUGCGGGUGUACCUGCUGGAGGGGUUCUACGUGGUGUCCUACGCCCUUGGAAUCUACAUCCUCAACCUCCUGAUCGGAUUUCUGUCGCCGCAGGUGGACCCGGAGUUUGCCGGUGGCCCCACCCUGCCUACCAGGGGCUCCGACGAGUUCCGCCCCUUCGUCCGCCGCCUCCCCGAGUUCAAAUUCUGGUACUCAAUCACCAAAGCCUUCUGCAUCGCUUUUGUCUUGACGUUCUUCAGCAUGUUUGAUGUUCCCGUCUUCUGGCCAAUUCUCCUCUUCUACUGGAUUAUGUUGUGUAUGAUGACUCUAAGGCGUCAGAUAGAACACAUGAUCAAGUAUAAAUAUGUUCCUUUCUCCUUCGGAAAGCAGAGGUAUGAUGGGAAGAGGGCACCUUCAAACGAGGGCGAAAGUUUGCUCCCUUAG